AUGGGAAUCCCCUUGGCAAAAUACAAGUUUGCGGUCGUCUCUACUGACACUGGGCAUAAUGGGACGGACAGCGAUGGAACAUUUGUAAUCAACAAUCCCGAAACACAAUAUGAUUUUGGAUAUCGAGCUGUUCACCUUAGUACCACUUUUGCGAAGGUGGUUGUCCAGAACUUCCAUGAGGAGGCAGCUAAAAAGAGUUAUUGGAUAGGUUGUUCAUCGGGUGGUCGGCAAGGAUUGAAGGAAGCUGAAGCUUUCCCCGAAGACUUUGAUGGUAUCUUGGCGGGUGCUGCAGCGCAAUGGUGGACUCAUUUAUGCGGGUGGGCGAUUCAGGUCAACCUACGUAACCUGCCGACUUUGGAAGGCCACCUUCGACCCAGUGAUUGGAAGCUAAUUCUUAAUUACACAAUCCAGGCGUGCAAUACUUUGGACGGUGUCAAGGAUGAUGUGAUCACCAGUCCAUCAACCUGCAAUCCAAAUCUUGAAUCUCUGCUUUGCUCGCAAGACCAAUUGCAACUCAUUGAUCAAAACGAGACUAUGUCCACCUGCUUGACAGAAAAACGUAUCGCCGUUGCCAAAUCUAUCUAUGAGGACUGGGUGGAUGAGAAUGGGAAUCUGAUGUUUCCUAGCGUAUUUCAUGGAUCGGAGGAUUUUGGUGAUUAUCUUAUGACAGGAGUGCCGUUUGGACCAGGACCCAAUUAUCUAAAAUACCAAGUGUUGAACUUCACCAAGGUGAGCUCGGAUUACCAGUUCACCCCACAAGAAGUUGCUAGGCUCGUCAAGAUUGCCGAUCAAACAGACCCAGGCCAGUAUAAUUUCAAUGGUGACAUAUCACCAUUCAUAAGACGCGGCGGAAAGUUAAUAACUUACGUUGGAAUGUCUGACCCUAUCAUUCCAAGUCGUGCCUGCAAUAUCGGACUAAUCAGCUUGAUUCAUCCCCGAAAAUCAAAACCCAACGCACAGUCAAUAAUGUUCCACGAUCACGUGAAAAAGAACUUGGGGGUUGACCCGAGAGACUCGUACAGACUGUUUGCAGUUCCGGGGAUGGGACAUUGUGGAGGCGGACCUGGCGCAUCAAAUAUGGGCGCAGCGUCACAGAGAGACGCAGACUCAGGAGACAACUUACAAUCAGCUUCUUUUGACGCCAAGCACGAUAUGAUACUGGCCUUGAUUGAAUGGACUGAGAAGGGGACUGCUCCCGAAGAGCUUAUAACAACAAAAUAUGUCGAUGGCUUGAGCAAAAACGGUAUAAAAUUUCAGAGAAAACUGUGUCCUUGGCCGAUGAUGGGGAAAUAUGUUUCUGGGGAUCCUAACUCGUAUGAAAGUUACAGUUGUCAAGCUGAACAGCAAUGA